AUGGACGACGAAAUGAUGCGUCGACCGAAUCGUCGAAAACUUUUAAUUCUCAUUUUUGUGGUAUUUUUUACUUGGCUACUGUAUUGCAAUCGGAGCGGAUUGACAAGUGAUAGUGAAGAUUCGUGGAUUGUUGAAGGGCAUGGACAGAGCCGAAUAGUCCCGCGAAAAUGUGUGGUCCCUGAAUGGAACACGAAGAACACCAAUUCCAUCCCCCAUGCAGCAGAAUUCGGACAUUGGAGACGUCAGUACCUCGGUGGACAUAAUGACAUGCUGGACGCCGAAUCUCGUCUUCUAUCAGCAUUUGUGUACCCCGAUCAGAUUUCAAUAGUCACCACCGCGUUCCAUACGUAUACAAAAGAAGUCACCUGUCUCUACUUUGAUUGCAAUCAGCGAGAAAUUCCAAAAUCCAGAUACAAAUCUUAUGUGAUGCCAUUGACUGUAGUCUCCUGCCCAAGACGCGUCGGAGCCGAAUUUGUCAGUUUGAAAUGGAACGAAGACGACGAUGAGGAGAUUAUUGAGGACCCCAUACCAUUGAUAAACAGGGUUUAUGAACAACCCGCCCACGAGCUAUCCGUCUGUGUUGGUCCAUUAUACGGCGACGAAUCCAAGUGGCUGGAAAUUAUCGAAUAUGUGGAGCAUUAUCGAUUGAUGGGAACUACCAUGUUCUAUUUUACGAUAUUCAAUAUGAAUGAGUAUGAUCGGAGGAUUAUUGAUGAUUAUGAGAGGAUGGGGCUGGCUGAAUCGACCAAAUAUAUAAUGGAAUAUGAAUGUCAUUAUCGAAGUCGAUUCCAUUCAAAAUGGGUCAUCAAUAUGGACAUUGAUGAACGUUUGGUUUACAAUGGUCCCAAUAAUUUCAUCCAUUUCAUGAGAUCCAUCCCACCGACCUUCUCUGAAAUUAGUAUUGCCUCAAAUCGUGUCCUGAAAUUUGAGGAUUUCCCCACAAAAUUCAAGAACGAGCAGCAAUUACUGAAGGAUAUGACAUUUUUGAAAUACAACCAAACAACGGAGACGAGUUGGUACAAUUUGAAAGGGAUCAUAAGACCCGAGAAAGUUGCUCUCUUGUUUUAUCAUUGGAGUGUCAGACAGUUGGAUGACACUAAAAUAAUGUCCGUCCCGAAGAGAUUUGCAUAUGUUCGGUGA